CGACGUUGUGUUGGUGUACGUUUUCGUGAGGGUUGAUAACACGCACACGGUCCCUAACCGUGUCUCUCGCUGAGAGCUGAGCGAGCGCAGAAGGUGGCGAGCCUGCCUGGAAUUCAACCUUCGGUCCGCUUCGAUCGGUCCUCCGCCGGGUUGGAAGUCGUUGUGCUGCCUCCUAACACCACCGACGGGCUACCGUAACUAAGUGUCAUGCAACAAGGCCAGCAGAACCCGUUGAGAUGUCACUGAAGGACCAGAAUGGGCCAUUGAGGCUGGUCAGUGCAGUUCGGACGCCAAAGCCCAAAAACCACAGAAGCCACCCUAACUGACGGAGCCAUGCCAUCCUUGCUGUCCUGAUCCUGUUUCCUGAUUUCUUCACCCUCCCUCGGUUAAAUCGCAGCGGCCCAUCCAGCUCCGCACGCUCAGUUCAAGCAUGGCGUCUCCCUUUAUGUGGAAGCUGUCCUCCCAGAAGCUCGGCUUCUUCCUGGUCAGCUUUGGCUUCAUCUGGGGGAUGAUGCUGCUGCAUUUCACCAUCCAGCAGCGAGCCAGCCACGAAAACAGCGCCGUGCUGCGGCAGCAGAUCCUCGACCUCAGCAAGCGCUACAUUAAAGCGCUGGCUGAGGAGAACCAAAAUGUCAUGGAUGGGCCGUACGUGGGAACCAUGACGGCGUAUGACUUGAAGAAGACCCUUGCGGUGCUGCUGGACAACAUCAUGCUGAGGCUUGGCAAGCUGGAGACCAAGGUGGAGAACAUUUACAACGGCACAGGAAACAACCUGACCAACGGCACCAGCACUGUCAUACCGAGCGCCGGAAAUCCAGAGAAAGUGAACGUGGCUGACCUCCUAAACGGAGCCCAGGAGAAGUGCGAGCUGCCGCCUCUGGAUGGUUUUCCUCACUGCGAGAGCAAGCUCAAGUGGAUGAAGGAGAUGUGGCGCUCAGACCCCUGCUACUCCAACUAUGGCGUUGAUGGCUCCACCUGCUCCUUCUUCAUCUACCUCAGCGAGGUGGAGAACUGGUGUCCUCGUCUUCCCUGGAGGAUGAAGCUCCUGAAUGAUGAAACAGACCGCAGUGGGCAGGCGGAGAUCCGGACCAGCUUCGAGGGGCUUUACCGCUCCAUGUCGCAGCGAGAAGAGUUUCGUUGGAUGAUGCUGAGGAUCAAGCGCAUGGCUGAACCGUGGGUCGGCGCCAUCCGCUCGCUGGCAGCUAAGCAGAACCUGAGCAAGCGGCGGAGAAAGAAGAUCCUGGUCCACUUGGGCCUGCUCACCAAGGAGUCGGGCUUCAAGAUCGCAGAGAACGCCUUCAGCGGCGGCCCGUUGGGGGAGCUGGUCCAGUGGAGCGACCUCAUCACCACGCUGUACCUACUGGGUCACGAAGUCCGCAUCUCCGCAUCGCUGGCCGAGCUGAAGGAGAUCAUGCGGAAGGUGAUGGGGAACAAGUCCAGCUGUCCCACUCAGGGGGACAAGAUCGUGGAGCUCAUCUACAUCGACAUCGUGGGUCUCACCCAGUUUAAGAAGACUCUUGGUCCUUCUUGGGUCCACUACCAGUGCAUGUUGCGGGUGUUGGAUUCCUUUGGGACGGAGCCAGAGUUUAACCACGCCCACUACGCCCAGUCCAAAGGGCAUAAGACGCCGUGGGGGAAGUGGAACCUCAACCCACAGCAGUUUAACACCAUGUUUCCUCACACCCCAGACAACAGUUUCCUGGGCUUUGUGGUGGAGCAGCACCUUAACGCUAGCGACAUCAAGCACAUCGACGACAUUAAGAGGCAGAAUCAGUCACUUGUCUACGGAAAAGUUGACAACUUUUGGAAGGACAAGAAGAAGUACCUGGACCUCAUCCACAGCUACAUGGAGGUGCACGGCACCGUGCACGGCACCAGCACCGUCCACCUGCCCAGCUACAUCAAGAACCACGGCAUCCUGAGCGGCCGAGACCUGCAGUUCCUGCUGCGGGAGACCAAGUUGUUCGUGGGUCUGUCCUUCCCCUACGAGGGCCCUGCUCCCCUAGAGGCCAUCGCCAACGGCUGCGCCUUCCUCAAUCCUAAAUUCACCCCUCCGAAGAGCAGCAAGAACACGGACUUCUUCAAAGGCAAGCCCACUCUCAGAGAGUUGACCUCCCAGCAUCCCUACGCCGAGGUGUACAUCGGCCAGCCGCACGUGUGGACGGUGGAUAUCGAAAACUCUGCUGAGGUGGAGCGAGCCAUCCGCUCCAUCCUCAGCCAGAAGAUUGAGCCCUACCUGCCCUACGAGUUCACCUGUGAGGGGAUGCUGCAGAGGGUCAACGCCUUCAUCGAGAACCAGGAUUUCUGUCACGGACAGGUGAUGUGGCCCCCCCUUAGCGCCCUGCAGGUCAAGCAGGCCGAGCCGGGUCAGUCUUGUAAGCAGGUGUGUCAGGAGGCACAGCUCAUCUGUGAGCCGUCCUUCUUCCAGCACCUGAACAAGGACACGGAUCUGGCCAGGUUUGGUGUGAACUGUCAGACGGUGGAGUCCAGCGCCGACACAGUGGUCCCGGCGUACAGCGAGACCCGCCACCACUGCGUCUUCCAGUCGGACCUGCUGCUGUUCAGCUGCGCGGGGGCGCACCAGUCGCUGCGGCGCAUCUGCCCCUGCCGCGACUACAUGAAGGGCCAGGUGGCGCUCUGUAAAAACUGCCUAUAGCAGCCAGAGGCGAGUGGGCGGAGCUUAAAGGUGGGGGGUGGACAGAGCACCAAGCUGGGUGAAGGAGUGUGUGAGACGCACAGCAGACAGAAAAAGAAACAUUUACAGAACUGUGUUUGUUCUUCAUAUUUAUUCCCCCCCAAGCAGCCAACCUGAGUCCCGUCAUGCCUCAGAUUCACCAGCAGGGGGCGCCGUGAGUCCAGGAGGACUUUACUUGAAUCCGAAAACCACAGCAGCUGAGCUCCUUUCAGUGACUGUCUCCCCCCCCCCCAAACACUGCUAUUCUUUAGGUAGUUUGGCACUGGACUCACUCACUCACACACACACACACACACACACACACACACCCCACACACACACACACACACACAGAAGAGCCAGGUCUACACUGUAACCAUCUUCUGCACAGAGAGACGAGUGUCGUCUGCAAACAUGCAUAUCUAGAGUCCCCCCUCCCCCGGGUUUCAGACACUUCCUGGAUGACGGCGUGUUGUUCUGUUCUGUGAAAGGCCAGUAGAGAUUUGUGACAGGAUGAGGGGGCGGGGUUAAAGGUCGUUCAGUGUCUAGGAUGUUGUGAUGUAUCAUAGAGAAAACCCUUCAUCACGCCAACAAAACAUUUUUUAUUUGCCUGCAAACAAACAAACAAAAUAAGAGAAUUUGUUGUUUUGGGGUAAAAAUGCACUAAGUGGAUAAGCAGAGAUAUUAGUGACACUGUAUAUUGUUUAUAUGACUUUUUCUUUUGUAUUUAUUUUGUAUACAAAUCUUUAUCGCUGUGUUUUUGCUGGAAAUCUUUUUUUAUUUAAAGCAGGGGUGUAUUUUUCCUUUUUGUUCCACAUUCUUAUUUAUGGAGGGUAAUUUAAGAUCAAAGAUAUUAUUUUAAAGUGUCUAAUUAAGACAAGGAAGUUUGUCUGCAGCUUUUUGGCUUUUAGAAGGGACGAGACCAAAAAUGUAAUCUUUCAUACUCGUUUCGAGUUUAAUAUUUUGGACUAAAACCCCUAAAUUUUAAUUAAUUUCUAUUAAAAAUGACUUUUAAAACAACACUUCAUUUCCUCUUGUUGUCUCUCUAAAGCUGACAGCCGCAGAUAAAUGUCUGGUUUUGUCGUAACGGAGCGUUAGCUUAAUACUUUAUGUGCUUUAUGAUUUUUUUUAUUUGCACAACUCAGAUCAUUCAGCUAGUCUGUCUGUUUUUAUGUUUCUUAACCAGGUCAGUGAUCUGCUGCCAAGUUAGUGUUUUACAGAACAUAAUGUGCCUUUUUGUGCUUUUCAGUUUGCUUCGUGCAACCCAGACUCCGAAUCAUGUCUGGCUGGAUUUUAUAUCAUCUCUAGAUCCUUUUUACUCAUUUGUUUCACUUAAAUGUACGGAAGAGGAUAAGGGACAGUGACAAGAAAAAUAAUUCUGACUUAAGUUUUAGAUUUCUGAAUGGAAUUCUGGCUUUUUGAAGAAAAACAUCAGAAUUCUGAGAUUAAAGUAAAAAAAUUUUGAUUGGAGUCACAACUCUGAGAUUAAAGUAAAAAAUCUGAGAUUAGAGUCAGAAUUAUAAGAUUAGAAUUCAAAUUCUGAGAUUGGAGUCAUAAUUCUAUAGCCUAGUGAACUAGACCAAAUUCUUGCUUUGCAAAGUUUGGUCUAGGCAUGCUCCAUUGGAACCUCCACAGCUCCUACCAGGACUCUGGCUAGCCAAUCACAGCUCUCUAGAGGGGUUUCAAACACAUAAAGAGCUGUGAUUGGUCCAUAAUGGUGGGCCAAUCAUAGUGCUCUAUCUGCUUAGUGAACAAAUCACAGAGCUUUAUCCGCUUUGUGGGCCAAUCAGGGCACUCUAUAUGCCUGGUGGGUGGGAUGAUGCAACAGAGUGAAACAAGAGUAUGUCACAUUCAUUGUCCAGUGGAAUGCGGAGAUCAUUUGAAAGACAACGGUAGAACCCGCCUCACAACCGAGAGCCGUCAAUGGAGCGUGGCCAGACUAAAUAAUACAUUUAUUUAGUCUGGCUUGCCAGGCUAAUAAUUCUAAGAUUAGAGCCCAAAUUCUGAGAUUAGAGUCAUAAUUCUGAGAUUAAAGUCAAAUUUCUGAGAUUAAAGUCAGAAUUCUCAGGGGGAAAAACAACGGAAGAGGGUCAAAAUUCUGUGAUAAAUGUCAAAAUUCUAAGAUUAGAGUCCAAAUUCUGAGAUUAGAGUCAGAAUUCUAAGACUAGUCAUUUUUUUAGAUUGGAGUCAUAACUCUGAGAUUAAAGUAAAAAAUCUUAGAGUAGAGUCAGAAUUCUAGUCCAAAUUCUGAGAUUAGAGUCAGAAUUCUAAGAUUAGAGUCCAAAUUCUGAGAUUAGAGUCAUAAUUCUAAGAUUAGAGUCAAUUUUUUUUUCCAGACUGGAGUCAUAACUCUGAGAUUAAAGUCAAAUUUCUGAGAUUAAAGUCAGAAUUCUCAGGGGGGGGAAAACAACGGAAGAGAGUCAAAAUUCUGUGACAAAUGUCAAAAUUCUAAGAUUAGAGACAGAUUUCUGAGAAUAAAGUCAGAUUUCUCAGAAUUAAGUCAAAAUUCUGAGAUUAAAGUGAGAGUUCUCAGGGGGAAAAACAACGGAAGAGGGUCAAAAUUCUGUGAUAAAUGUCAAAAUUCUAAGAUUAGAGUCCAAAUUCUGAGAUUAGAGUCAGAAUUCUAAGACUAGUCAUUUUUUUAGAUUGGAGUCAUAACUCUGAGAUUAAAGUAAAAAAUCUUAGAGUAGAGUCAGAAUUCUAAGAUUAGAGUCCAAAUUCUGAGAUUAGAGUCAGAAUUCUAAGAUUAGAGUCCAAAUUCUGAGAUUAGAGUCAUAAUUCUAAGAUUAGAGUCAAUUUUUUUUUCCAGACUGGAGUCAUAACUCUGAGAUUAAAGUCAAAUUUCUGAGAUUAAAGUCAGAAUUCUCAGGGGGGGGAAACAACGGAAGAGAGUCAAAAUUCUGUGACAAAUGUCAAAAUUCUAAGAUUAGAGACAGAUUUCUGAGAAUAAAGUCAGAUUUCUCAGAAUUAAGUCAAAAUUCUGAGAUUAAAGUGAGAGUUCUCAGAACAAAGUCAUGAGCCUGAGAAAAAGUUAGAAUUUUUAGACAAAAGGUAAAAAUUCUGAGACUAAUGCCAAAUAAGAAUUGUUUUAAUUAAUUUAAGUUUUCUAAGAAUACAGUCAGAAUUCUGAGAUUAAUGUCAGAAUUUUUUUCAGUGGCCGUAAUCCUCUUCCAUAUAACUUGGAGUAAAAUCAAAGAUUCAGUGGUAAAUUUAGCAGCUCGUGUGGAACACAGGGUCUGCAUGUGAAGCAGAAAUUGAAUUAACAGUAAUAGGAGUAAUCAGAUUACUGCAUCGUGUGACCCAAGUGGGUUUUUGCUUUUUACCCAGAAUUACCAGAUGCAGCAAAAGCCUUAUUUGCUUUGCGUUGGUCCUCAGUUUCCUUCAGCAAAAGUCGGCCACCACGGAUCAUCGGACCUCGUCUCUGUUGAAUGUUUUCAUUAAAUUAAACAUGUUUGUUUCUAAAAGUCCAAAAUCUGGUGACACUCGGCUGGAAGGAACAACGCAGCAGCGACGUUGAGCUUGUUCUCACAGUUGGUGAUGAGGGAUACAACUUUAUUUUUAAAUGAAUCUUUUUUCUGUGACAAACGGCUCAGACUGGUUUUUUCCUACAUCACAGCAGCAAACACAGAAAUGUACAGUCAGCACAAACCAAACACACUUUAUAUGUGUGUUUACUUACAGGAAGUCCAUCUUGUUUGUUGAGAGCAGAGAUGAACUCAUUCACAUGGUUCUAGAUUUGGUUAUAAUAACAGCAGAGAAGUCCUGAUCAACCUGCACCUGAUGACGACACCCACUGAUCAGAAGCUUCAGGAUAUGGAAACACGCCGUUGGUUGAGCAGAAUAAGCAAACAGACCUGAACUAAAAGCGUAACGUAACUUAAUCAGCUGUUUAGAUCUUUUGUAACCGUUUAUGAUCAUUGAUUUUAUCCAUGUCUAAUAAGUCAUUUUCCUGUUUCGAAGUUGUCAAACUGUCCUGCAAAUCAAUAUUUUUACAAUAUCAAGUAAAUGAUUGACAUCAAAUUUAAUUACAGUUUCAGCUACAGCUACAGCGUCCCAUCCCAAACAUGACAUUAAAAAACGGACCUGUCCUUCAGAUCUCGCAAACAGCAGCUAAUCACUUGUGUGUUGACUGCAUGGUGGCGCAGUGGUUAGCACUGUUGCCUCGCAGCACGAAGGUCGCAGGUUCGAAACUCGGCUGCAGCCUUUCUGUGUGGAGUUGCGUGUUCUCCCCAUGCAUGCGUGGGUUUCCUCCGGGUACUCCGGUUUCCCCCACAGACCACAACAUGCCCUAUAGGUUAUACAUUGUGAGUCGCUUUG